UGACUCUGACCCAGAAAAGGAAAAAAUGUUUUAUGGCCCUCCUUUGUCCCCUACCAUCCAAAAAACCAACCAACAAAAAUCGUCAAGAAAUAAUCUUUAUUAAAGACUAUAUUUUUAGUCAUUAUUUUAAGUUGCUAAUGCUAGGACUAUGACAUCACAACUACAAGCUGAAAAAAAAAGAAGAAAAAAAUAAAGAAAAAAACAUUCCCUGGUGUGAGGUGAGAGAGAGUUGAUCUCCCCCAUGAAUCUGAAUAUGCAAGCAAAGCUUUGCCUUGCCCUUUAGUCUUCCAUACCUGUCACUUCACUUUCUUUUUGCUCCCACCCUCUAUUUCUUUUUGGGUAUAUUUUAUAAUUCUCAAAUUUUCUACCAAGUAUUUUUUAUUAUCAAGUUUUCUAAUCAAGAUUAUAUUAUAUAAAUACUACUUUUUGCUGGAAUAAAUACUACUUAAGUGUGUCCUUUGUGAUUUUCUCUCUCCAGAGCUCAGCUUUUCGUUUUGCUUCAGUUGCCUCAAAGAUUCACCCUUUUUGAAGAUUAGAACUUGGUGGUUGGUGGGUAAGGUGGGAAUUAUUGAUCAGCAGCUACUUUUUCUUGGGUGGUCUUCAAAUUUCCUCUUCUGGGGGUAAAAGUGAAAGUUUUGCUGGGUGGACUUAUUACACUGUAUAUAAUUCUGGGUCUUGAAGGUCUUAGCUUCUUAUGGAGAAUGAUAAUGGUGAUGUGAUGUCCAAAAUGGAGAAUUAUGAAGUUAUAGAGCAGAUUGGGAGAGGUGCAUUUGGAGCUGCUUUUCUUGUGCUCCAUAAGAUUGAGAAGAAGAAGUAUGUGCUGAAGAAGAUUCGCUUGUCUAAGCAAACAGAGAAGUUCAAACGUACGGCACAUCAAGAGAUGGACUUAAUUGCAAAGUUAAAUAACCCUUAUAUUGUGGAGUACAAAGAUGCUUGGGUGGACAAGGGGGACUGUAUCUGUAUUGUGACUAGCCAUUGUGAAGGAGGAGACAUGGCUGAUAUGAUAAAAAAGGCCAGAGGAACAUAUUUUCCUGAGGAGAAACUUUGCAAAUGGCUGGCUCAGUUGUUGCUAGCUGUGGACUACUUGCAUUCACAUCGAGUACUUCACAGAGAUCUCAAGUGCUCCAACAUAUUCCUUACAAAGGACAAUGACAUCCGGCUUGGUGACUUUGGACUUGCGAAGCUACUCAAUACAGAAGAUCUCACUUCUUCGGUGGUUGGAACUCCCAACUACAUGUGUCCUGAGCUCCUUGCUGAUAUACCUUAUGGCUACAAAUCAGAUAUUUGGUCACUUGGCUGCUGUAUGUUUGAAAUUGCAGCUCAUCAACCUGCAUUUAGAGCUCCUGACAUGGCUGGACUAAUUAAUAAAAUUAACAGAUCCUCCAUUUCACCACUUCCAAUUGUGUAUUCUUCCACACUGAAACAAAUUAUUAAAAGCAUGCUCAGAAAGAGUCCGGAACAUAGACCAACAGCUGCGGAGCUGUUGAGACACCCACAUUUACAACCUUAUCUUCUUCAAUGUCGCAAUGCAUCUUCUGUUUUUCUUCCAGUGAAGCCAGUAAAUAACGCGAAGGACAAAACAAGGAAAACAUCGUAUAAAUCUCCCAGUGGCAAAACCAGCAGAGACAAAGAGGCUGCACCAGUAAUUCAAGAAGAAAAGGUUCAUCCAGUGGAGAGCAAUAGUGAUGUGAGUGUGAUAGCAAGGUGUACACCGGAGGACGACGAUAAACCUGUAAUCUCAGCUGGUGCUGAAGACAAUCUUGAAACAAAGAGGGUUGAUCCUACCAGCUGCACUAUUGAAGUAUCUAAUGCUACUGAUGGAUCUAAAGAUGCACCGACUGAUUCUGAAACAUCUGUUUGCAGUGGAUCUAAGCAAGCUGAGGUUCUCAGUAUAUCUCAAAAGGAAAGCACUGAGUCUUAUGUGGAGAUUACAUCAGAAAGCACUCCGAAUUCUCAGCGUAUAGAACAGGAAGAACCUGCUGGCAAAGAUGUUCAGGAGCCACCUGAGGUCAAGAUCAAAACAUUGAAUGUCGAAGAUAAAAUACAUUUUAACAAAGUUGAGGAAAAAUCUGGAACAAAAGAAAAAAGUAGUCAAGAAGGGUACUGCAAAGAAUCAGACAUGGAUAAAGUUGGCCUUCCUGAAGAUAAGUGUUCGUCAUCAGCUAAAUCUGAUACAGAACCUCAAUGCUUUAUAGAAAAGGACACUUCCAACGAGUAUGUAGAGAGUACUAACAUCGAUUACACAUCAUCUGAAAGCAAUAAUGUUGUGGUUCCUUGUAAUGAUGAGAUAGGUCCUAAGGUAGAUAAUGCUAGUGGUCCUGAACAAACAGAAAAAGAUGAUAGUCGUGUUGAUAACCAAACACCAAAAGAUGUCUCGUUACUUAGAACGUUAAAUGCUCUAUCUAAGGAAGAUGCCAAGGCCGAGUGGGAGAAUCCUGGCCGGCAAAGAGCUGAUGCCUUAGAAUCUCUACUUGAGCUAUGUGCUAGGCUACUUAAGCAAGACAAGCUCGAUGAACUUGCUGGUGUGCUACGGCCUUUUGGGGAAGAUGCAGUUUCAUCAAGAGAGACAGCUAUCUGGUUGACAAAGAGCCUCAUGUCUGCACAGAAAUUUAAUGAAGGAUCCUAAUUUUGAAGAGGAAAUUGGCAUUAAUUUAUGAGAGAGUGGUAACCAAAACAGAAAAAAGAAAGAAAAAAAAAACCUUGUAUCUUGGUCUUUUUUUUUUUUUUUGAUAUAAAUAAUUUGUGUGUUUCCUGGAGUGCUGUUUGAUUGAAAAUUAGAGACCCGGAAAUAACUUGUGUUGCAGCUUUGUAAUUGGAACUUUGGCUAUUGAGAUAUACUUUCUUCUGAUUA